UCCAAGGCAUUGCGGGAGCGCUGGCUGCUGGAGGGCACGCCGUCCUCGGCCUCGGAGGGUGACGAGGACCUGAGGCGGCAGAUGCAGGAGGACCAGCAGAAGGCGCAGCUCCUGGAGGGCUCCAUCUCCAGGCUGGAGAAGGAGAUCGAGGUGCUGGAGAGUGGAGACGCGGCAGCCCCCAGCCCCGCCCGAGCACCGGCCCCCAGCCCCGCCAGGGAGGAGCCCAAGGCAGAGGUGGUGCUGAACUCCCAGCAGACCCCAGUGGGCACGCCCAAAGAGAAGCGAGUCUCUAACACUCCAGUGAGGACGGUCGAAGGUUCCACCAUGAUGAAGGCAGCCAUGUACUCGGUGGAGAUCACCGUGGAGAAGGACAAGGUGACGGGGGAGACCCGGGUGCUGUCUAGCACCACGCUGCUCCCCCGGGAGCCCCUCCCUCAGGGCAUCAAAGUCUACGAAGAUGAGACCAAAGUGGUCCAUGCCGUGGAUGGUACCGCUGAGAACGGGAUCCACCCACUGAGCUCCUCGGAGGUGGACGAACUCAUCCACAAAGCGGACGAGGUCACGCUGAGCGAGGCAGGGUCCACGGCCGGGGCAGCAGAGACCCGGGGGGCUGUAGAGGAGGCCGUGAGGACCACGCCCUCCCGGCGGGAGAUCACCGGAGUGCAGGCACAGCCGGGGGAGGCCACAUCCGGCCCACCGGGCAUCCAGCCCGGCCAGGAGCCACCAGUCACGAUGAUCUUCAUGGGCUACCAGAAUGUGGAGGAUGAAGCUGAGACCAAGAAGGUACUGGGGCUCCAAGACACCAUCACGGCAGAGCUGGUGGUCAUCGAGGAUGCGGCCGAGCCCAAGGAGCCCGCGCCACCCAAUGGCAGUGCCGCUGAGCCCCCCGCUGCUGCGGGCCCGGGGGAAGAGAAUCAGGCAGCGCCUGAGGCCACCACCAGCGACUCCCAGGACCUUGACAUGAAGAAGCAGCGCUGUAAAUGCUGCUUGAUCAUGUGAGCCAGCCCAGCCCCCAAGACCCCGGCCCCCAUCCCAUUCCACAGACACCCACCAGCCUGGCCCCUCCCGGCGCCUGCCCACCCUCCACCCACAGCCUCACGGGCCCCAGGACUUGCUGUGUUGUCACGUGUUCCUUCUGAGUUUCUUUCAUUGGAAAGAGGGACGGGGCCCCCCCAUCACCACACCCCAACACUGACCCCAGCCAGAGCCGUGCACCUGCACCUGGUAGGAGAGAGACAUGGACAGACCCCCUUUUCCUGAAACAAAGACCCUCCCCACCCACCCCCGUCAUGGCAGCUUCACAGAUGUGGGGUUCACGCCCAGCGUGGUCCUGGCGGGCAUGACCCCUGGCCUCUGUGCAGUCCUAGGCCAGCCUGCCACCCUCUGGGCCUCCCGCCUGUGCCUUUCUGCCACCUCUGAUGAGGUCUCUGAGGGGACAUUCCGCCGGAGAGGGACCCGGGGAGCUGAGGGGUCCUGGAGCCUGCUCAGGCCCUGGAAGUGGGGCUCUGUGGAGUUCCCCGGCAAACACGCUGGCCCCCCAAUCUCGGGCAGUUGGGGUGAGGCCAUGCCUCUUUUGGGGCUUGAGGUCUUGGGAUAGAGGAUGGGCCCCUCUGGCCCCCCCCAAGCCUGAUGUGCCCCCCAUGCCCUCUGGGCCCAGCCAGUGGACAAUGGAGUCUGGGGGAGGGGAGCCCCAAGACAUGCCCCCACCUCGGGAGGGGUUGUAGCCCCUGAGCUGUCUUCUAGACAGGCGAUUCAAGAGUCAUGGGACCGGGUGAGCCGCUUCUUGUCCUGAGCUCCUGACCCCACUGGGCCCUCCUUCCUCCUGGUGCUAAUUUGGGGACCCUGGGGGCCACCUCUGGCCUCUUCUCCAACCUGCUUGGACCAGGGUCCUGGGUCCCGCCAGCCACACCCCAGAGAUCAGGCCCCGCCUGCCAGUCUAAUGGGCUUGCAGCAUUUCCGGGCAGCGGAGGGAGGGACGCAGCAGCCUGGGACAGGAAGGCUCCCCCUGGGUUGCAGCAGGGGCCCAACCCAGCCUAAUGUGAGCCUGCCCCUGGCCCGAUAUGAGCCUGCCCCUGGCCCAAUGUGAGCCUGCCCCAGCCCCCUCUCACUGGAAGUGGCAAGGGGCUCCCCUCCUGGGGGCAGCCACACUCGUCCCUGGAGGCACAUUCGUGCACAUUCUCACAGACACCCUCUUCUCACGUAUUGGCUUUGGACAACCAGGCUCCGUCUUGGCCCCUUCCCUAGGGGCCUCCAGCCUGUGCCCAGUGCCCAGGCCACCUCUGGGUCCAGUGACCACCUGCAGCCUCAGCAGGGCAGGUGUAGGGGCCACCUCAGACAGGAGCCUGGGUCCCAGUCUGAACUCUGCCCUGGGUGGCUGGGAGGAGAGGCCCUCUCUGGGGGUGACCUGGAACCCCUCCUCUUCCUCCCUGGAGUCUGCCCGCGUCCCUCAAGCCGUGAGCCUUCGCUGAAGUGCCCUUGCCGCCCCCUUUCUGCUUUCGAUGUGUGAUGAGGCCCCCGAUGUUCUUGACUUUUUCCCAGAGGAGCAAAUAAACAGCGUGAACAGCCCCA